AUGGCGCCUGUUAGAUGUAAAGCAAGAAGCAUGCCUUUGGCAAUGAGGUCUAAAAUUGAAGCUGCUCUAGCAAAACUUCAAAGUGAAGCAGUUAUUGAAGAAAUUUCAAACCCAAAAUGGUCAACACCGGCUGUUCCAGUGAUUAAACCGUCAGGUGAAAUAGAUUUGGCUCAGGCAUAUUUACAAUUACCGGUUGAUGAUGCUUCUGCUGAAGCUCAGGCUAUCAUCACGCAUAAGGGUGCGUAUAAGAUAAAAAGACUUCAAUUCGGAAUUAACGUAGUCCCAGGAAUAUUUCAAAAUUUAAUCGAAGAUUUGUUUCAAAAAUUAGAAGGCGUUGUUCCUUAUUUUGAUGAUGUACUUGUCAGAGGAAGUUUGGAAGAAGAGUUAGCCGCUCGGUUAAGAAAAGCGGGACUUAAAGCAAAUGGAAACAAAUGCUUAUUUGGGGGCAAAGCUACUAAAGCUGAAGUAUUACAUAGGCUUCUAGAUAGGGAUUCAGUGUGGAAAUGGUCUGAAGUCCACGAUGAAGCUUUUCGAUAUUUAAAAGAAUUGUCAAGUUCCGAAGUGGUUUUGGUUCCGUUCGAUGAAAAAUUGCAGAUAACUUUAGUUUGCGAUGCAUCUCCGUUUGGCGUAGGAGCUGUUUUAAGUCAUGUUCGUCAUAAUGGUUGUGAAGCACCAAUAGCUUUCGCACCUCGUACGCUCACGUCGACAGAAAGAAACUAUGCGCAAAUCGACAAAGAAGCGUUGCCUCUGCAUAUCUCCCCGCGUAUGCUGAGAUGGUCUUUAAUACUUAAUGCAUAUGAUUAUACUCCAAUUCAUGGACCAGGGAAAAAAAUUCAAAAUGCAGAUUCUUUAAGUAGACUUCUAAAAGAUACGGAUAAAUUUGAGGUUCCCGGUCCUUUAGAGGUAUUGUUUACCGAGAAUUUACAAGAUCCUCCGCUUCAGGCAGCAGAGAUUGCAAAAUUAACUUUGCGUGAUCCAAUUUUGUCAAGAGUACUAAAUUGGGCUUUUAGAGGAUGGCCAAAUGAAAAACCGGAUAAAAAAUGUCAGACUUUUUUCUCGAAACGUAACGAACUUUCAACUCAUCGAAAUUGCUUAUUAUGGGGUAAUAGAGUAGUUAUCCCAGUGUUGGGAAAAUCACGUGUUCUCCAGGCUCUACAUCUCGGACAUUCAGGAAUUGAGAGAAUGAAAGCUCUCGCACGUUUAUACGCGUGGUGGCCAGGCAUGGACUAUGACAUAGAAGUGCAUGUUCAAGGAUGCCACUUCUAA